GUGAUAUGCAUCAUUCUGCAGAGGCAACCCCAUUCACUUCAAUGCUAUCUGUCAAUUCUCCUUUUUCUGCUCAAACACAAACCAAUCAAGUAACUGGAUUUUCUUCUUCACAAUCAAAUUCCACUUCUCCUUUCCCUUUGCUUCAUUCCAAUAUGUUCUCUGCUCAAACUCAACACAGUGGAGUAACACCAUUUUCUCCGUUUUCUAGCCAAUCAAAUGCCAAUUCUCCAUUCCCUUCUGUUCAUUCAAAUCCCUUUUCACCUCAAACUCAAAGCAAUAGUGUAACUGCAUUUGCACCAUUUUCCAGCCAUUCAAACACAAAUUCUCCCUUCCCAUCAGUUUGCUCAUCAAAUGCGUUUUCUGGCCAGACUCAAAGCAGUGGAGUAACCACAUUUGCACCAUUUUCCAGCCUUUCAAACACAAAUUCUCCUUUCCCAUCAGUUUCUUCAAAUGUGUUUUCUGGUCAGACUAAAAGCAGUGGAGCAACUGGAUUUGCACCAUUUUCUAGCCAAUCAAAUGCCAAUUCUUAUCUCUCAAAUUAUACAAAUCCAUUUACCUCUCAAACUCGGAGCUUUAACUCAUCUCUGUCAACAACAAUCCCCGUAUCUGGAAGUAGUGUAGCACCUUUUACUUCUACUAAACAACCGGAAGGAAAUUUUCAUUCCAUUUCUAGCAUGCCGGUUUACCCAAGUAAAAGCCAUGAAGAACUAAGGUUUGAGGACUAUUCUUCAAAAGUGUUUUCUGGUCAGACUAAAAGCAGUGUACUAACUGGAUUAUCACCAUUUUCUAGCCAAUCAAAUGCCAGUUCUUAUCUCUCAAAUUAUUCAAAUCCAUUUACCUCUCAAACUCGGAGCUUUAACUCAUCUCUGUCAACAACAAUCCCCGUAUCUGGAAGUAGUGUAGCACCUUAUACUUCUACUAAACAACCGGAAGGAAAUUUUCAUUCCAUUUCUAGCAUGCCGGUUUACCCAAGUAAAAGCCAUGAAGAACUGAGGUUUGAGGACUAUUCUCUUUGCAUAAAAGAUGGACAGUGUGCCUCAAAACAAACUGGAAAUGGAUUCCAGUUAAAUAAUUCCUUUUAUCCUUCUCUAUUUCCCUAUGUGAAACCAACCCCACCAAUCAAUUCUCAUACAACGAUUCCGGGUUUUAUUUCACCAGCAAAUACUCAACCAAUCCCCUCGAACCCACCUGGACGGUUCUUCCAAUUCCCACCUUCUACUUCAGCAACAACACAGCAGAAUACUUUUGCAUCUUCAUCUGCUUUUGAUUUUCCCAAAUCACCAAAUAGUGUAUCUCGAGUUACAACUUCUGAAUCGACCUUGUGCUCGAAUUGCAAUCGCGCCAAAACUCAGUCAUUCGAGCCAGGUUUAGUUGGAGCAAGUACUAGCCUUUCUCCCAAUCAACUGAAGCCAUCAAGCAUUCAACAGACUGUGCAGGAACUCGGGAAAGAUGAUGCUUCAGUACCGGUGUCUUCUAGCCAUCCUGGAUCGGUGAUAUCGGUUCAAUAUGGAAUUUCUUCUUUAUCUGUUUCUGACAAGGCAGCCCGAAUAAGAUCCUUGCUCAAAGUUCGACAUUCUUCGGUUCGACAUUCUUCUGUGAAACGAACUAAGAUGUUAUAUCCAAGAUACAAUCGUGAUACCAUUGCUUCAAGGGUUCCUUUUUUCAUGGCUGGUGAGGAAAAGGCAACAGAAGGAGUUGCAAAGACAAAUUCUGUUAUAUUUCCAAGAGAAAAUCCCCAGUCUUGGAUUCAUCCUCCAACUAAAGAGUCUCCCCAAAGUCAUAAUCCAAACACAUCGCCUGAGAUCGAACAUACUUCUAUCAAUGUGUAUGGGAAUGGUAAUGUAGUCACACAAGUGCAACGGGCCAAUGAGAAGCAAAUCGAUACUUGUGAGGACAUUAUUGAUGUUGAUGGCAAAAUGCCAAAGUUAAAGAACGACGAAGACUACUACACAGAACCUUCAAUACAAGAAUUGGCAGCAAGGGAAAAGGAAGAACCGGGGUUCUGCCACCGCGUUAAAGAUUUCGUGGUUGGAAGGCGAGGCUUUGGUGCCAUCAAGUUUACAGGAGAGACAAAUGUUGAAGGGCUUGAACUCGAUGCUCUAAUCCAAUUCAACUAUCAUGAGGUGAUUGUGUACAUGGAUGAUAGCAAGAAACCUCAAGUGGGAGAAGGCCUGAACAAGGCUGCUGAGGUGACACUACUUAAUGUGAAGUGCAUCAACAAGAAGACUGGUGAGGAGUAUAAAGAUGGGCAUUUGGUUGAUAAGUACAAGAAUCUGCUCAUCAGAAAGUCAGCAGAGCAAGGUGCAGAAUUUGUGUCUUAUGAUCCGGUGAAAGGAGAGUGGAAAUUCAAGGUCAAGCACUUUUGAGCUUUCCAAGUUUAGGGUUUAGGGUUAAGGGUAUGUAUGUAUUUCUCCCAAGUCUCAAAUACGGUCUAUUGAGUCAGUGAGCUAAGCCCGUGCGGGCGGUUUAGGGGAUCGCUACUUACAUAGUUGUUUUGUAGUUGUGUAAAAAAUGCCUAGAUAUAAUAUCGAGAUGACAUUUGGUUCAUUUAAUACGAUUACGUCAAAAGUUUGGAAUGAGUUUUAUGAUUGUUAAAAUACUUGAAUCU